GCGUGCGUGUGUGUGUGUGUGUUUUUACGCGCGCCUGUGAGCAGGAGCAGAGAGAAGGGAGGAGAGAGGAGAGAAAGAAAGCGGAGCAUCAGCGAGGAAGAAGCGAGAAAAAGGAGGAGGGGGCGCUGCCUGAAAGGCAUGCCGGCACUGUCCGAGCGGAGAGAGAGAGAAAGGAGAGCGAGAGAGCACAAGGAGACACAAGUUUGAGCAGUAGAUCUGUCCAUCCGUCCGUCCACCCUUCCGUCCUCAUGGCCUCGGUGCUGGCCAGCAGCAGCCCCGGCGGGGCAGUGAGGUGCAAGUUCAAGCGGAGGAGGAGGAGGAGGGCGAAGAGAAAAGAAAAAGUGAGUAGCAUGCUGUCUGCCCUGAUCGUCCCCUUCAAGUACAUGAGCCCAGGUCCAGGCAGCACAGAAGACGAAGACACUUUAAGUACCAGCAGUGCAGAGGUCAAAGAGAACCGCAACUUCGGAAACCUUGAGGACUGCACCAUCGUCCCAUCAGACCGCCAGCCUCUCUUUCUUUCUGAUUCAUCCCGAGGCAGCACGUCUAGUCUGAAACGCAAGCGGCCACUGGAGGAAGACAACAAUGGGCGGCCGUGCAGGCUGCGGCUGUGUUACAGAAAGCUGCCUUGGUCUGAUGCACCCAAGAAUGCCCUGGUUCAGCUAAACGAGCUUCGACCAGGCUUGCAGUACCGAACCGUCUCCCAGACCGGCCCAGUUCAUGCCCCACUGUUCUCCAUUGCUGUGGAGGUCAAUGGACUUACAUUUGAGGGCACUGGCCCCACCAAGAAAAAGGCCAAGAUGCGGGCAGCCGAGCUGGCCCUUAGAUCAUUCGUCCAGUUCCCUAAUGCCUCUCAGGCUCAUUUGGCCAUGGGUGGCUUGUCUGACCCAUCGGCAGACUUUACUUCUGACCAGGCAGACUUCCCUGAAACACUUUUCAAAGGCUUUGAGCCAGACGGUUGCCGCUCUGCCGAAUCGGAGUUACUCUCUAGCGCCCUCCGGCUGCGCCACACGCUGGACCUUAUGGUGGUGCAAGCCAGGCAGGGCAACCCAGCUCCUGAGGCUCCACCCCCAAGCCCAGUGGUGCUGCUGAACAACCUGCGGCCAGGCCUGCGCUACGCCUGCCUGUCCCAGAGCAACCAGGGCAGGGGCCGCAGUUUCAUCAUGGCCGUGCGGGUCGACGGACGAAUUUUUGAGGGUUCAGGACGCAGUAAGAAGCUGGCCAAGAGGCGGGCAGCACUCAGCGCCCUGCAGGCACUCUUCAACAUCCGGCAGACCCCUGAGGCGCGAGCAGCCCACAGGCCCAGCAGGAUCAAGUGCCCUCAUUUACCCCAGGACUUUGCAGACGCUGUGUUUCACUUGGUGCGAGAGAAGUACAGCGAGCUGAUUGGCUGCUCCUCUCUGGCUCACACAUGCCAAAAAGGCCUGGCAGGAAUCGUAAUGACGAGAGGGUUGGAUGUGAGGCAGGCAGAAGUGGUGGCGUUGUCGACGGGCACUAAGUGCAUAAAUGGAGAGUACAUGAGUGACCAGGGCCUGGUGGUUAAUGACUGUCACGCAGAGGUCACAGCCAGACGAGCACUACUGCGCUUUCUCUAUUCUCACCUGGAGCUUCAUCUCAGUAAGAGGCAGGAUGAGCAGCAGCACUCCAUCUUCAUCCAGCAUCGCUCCAGUUUCAAGCUGAGAGAGAACAUCCUCUUCCACAUGUUCAUCAGCACGUCGCCCUGCGGAGACGCUCGCAUUAACUCACCUUACGAACUCACCAACGACUUCUCAGUGCACAGUGGCAGACACCUGGUGAAGAAGUUCCACAGCCACUUGCGGACCAAGAUCGAGUCUGGGGAGGGGACCCUGCCAGUCAGAUGCAGAGCGCCUGUGCAGACGUGGGACGGGGUGCUUCAGGGCGAGCGGCUCAUCACCAUGUCCUGUACAGAUAAGAUAGCCAGAUGGAACGUGCUUGGCCUGCAGGGGGCGCUGCUCAGUCACUUUGUGGAGCCAGUGUAUCUGACCAGUCUGACGGUGGGCAGUCUGAGACACACUGGUCACCUCUCCAGAACACUCAACCAGAGGCUGGAGCGACUGGGGCCACUUCCACCCUGCUACCGCCGCAACCAGCCACUCCUCAGCAGUCUUAGCAGUAGUGACUGGUGGCAGCAGGCGAAGGCUCCAUGCUACAGUGUGAACUGGACCGCAGGAGACGACCAGCUGGAGGUGAUCAAUGCUUCCACAGGGAAACGGAGAGACUGCGGAGCGCCGUCUCGACUCUGCAAACAUGCACUGUUCACGCGGUGGACCAGACUCUACCGCAAGCUGGUUGUGUGUGCCCCGGGUUCGAGGGAUGUGCCGUUGAUGUACUGUGAAGCUAAGCAGGCGGCCGGCACUUAUCAGACUGCGAAGGAGCAGUGGGUGCGGGCGCUGCAGGAGAACGGCUUGGGGACCUGGGUCAGGAAACCGCCGGAACAAGAGCAGUUUCUGCUGGCCGUGUGAGACCACCAGAGAUCACGUGAGGCUGCGUGAGACUGCUUGAGACCACGUGAGACUGUUUGAAAUCAUGUGAGACUCCAUACAACCACAUGAAACCAUGUGAGACUGUGUGAGAUGACAUGAGACUACGUGAGACCAAAAGGGGUCACGCGAGGUCACGUGAGACUGCUGAUCAUUUAACCUGCAUUCUCGACCCAGCAGUCAUGGCAGCCCACUGUCUCCCUUCGUGGCCCCUAACAUGGCCCCUCUGCCGAAAAAUCCACAGGACGGAGCGUCACUCUCCAAAACAGGAUUCCUCUCGAACGGGAAUGGCUCUCACCUCACACUCUCCUUCCAGCAGGGGUCACCAUCCUUGGCCCUGGAGAUCUACCAUCCUGUAGAAUUUAGCUGCAGCCUUUAUCCACCACAACUCCCAUACAGAUUCUAGUGAACGCUGUAGAUCAUUGCAUCAGUUGACUGUAUACCAAAGUACACUGAGACCAGGGGUGGCGUUGCACCUCUACUGGGGCAUAAUUGAUUAUUUCUUUAAUAACAAAAAAAAGUGCGAGUAACAGGCCUGGAUCAUCAAGUUAUCGGCCCCUGGGCACAAAUAUUUGGAGGGCGCCUUCAUUUUUUGACUCAUAGAUAUUUGUCACUGUUUAGUAAACUAUAACACUCCUGGUAUAGCACGACGCUAAUCAGCGAGUACAGAUCCAUUUCAGUUACAGAUGCCACCACAAUCAGACGAUUAUUUUAUUUUUAGAACAUUCUGAAUGCACAAAUAUGACUGGAGGAACAAUUUACUCCAUUAACACUGCAAAAUAACGGUGUCUAAGCCAGUGAAACUGAACUAAACCUAGUCAUGAUCUUGAGACUGUUGUAAGCAGAUAAUGCUGGUUUCAAGCAUUUAGAAUAAACUGCAUUUUCAACAGAGUGAGAUUUUCACGAGAUAUAACCACUUAAAGCAAAUACAAAUGUCUAGAAAUAAGCAAAAUUAUAAUUAAAAUUAUAAUCUUACCACAAUCUCAGAAGUGAGAGAGUAUACUGACAAGAUUUAAGAUAAAUGCACAUAUCAAAAUAACGUUUUGUAGAGUGUAGUCAACAAUAAAAAGUAAAGAGUAAAAUCUAUACACCAAGAUUUUUGUUGUGAUUUUGUUGUGACUUUGGCCUGAAAUCUUUAUUUUGAGUACAUUAUCACAUUAAUGCAUUUGAGACUCAGCAAGUCAUCCAGUCUUCACAAGCCUUCGCUUUCGCUGGAUCAGGUGUGCGGGGUUUUAGGGUCAAGCUGAAACAUGCAGGAAGGUAGAUCUCCAGGGUUGUGCUGGUGACCACGGCCUUACAGCUUCCCUGUGCUCUGCUCACCUGCAGCUGUCACGAAUAAAAGUGUGCGUGCGCGUCUGUGUGGUAACCUUCGCCAAAGUGAAAGGCAGCAGCCAUCUUGUCAUCACUGGGCCGUUUCCGGAUGGUCGGCCCCUGUAGAGUUCUUGCACACUGUCCAAUUAAAGGCCCUGUCAGAAUGAUGCGCCCCCACCUCCCCACACACACACACACACACACACACACACACACACACACACACACACACACUUCUCUCCUGCUCUCACAUAUAAGCUUUCUUUCUCUCUCUCUUUCCCUCUCUGACACAACCUCACUCUCUAUAACGACUCAA